AUGUCUUCUUCUAGCAUUCAAAGCCAUUCAAGCGCAAGCCAGUAUGUCGCACCUUCGACCUUUAACAGCGAUAGUCUUCAGAGCUUUCUUAAGCAAGUCAGUGCACUGGCUUCAAGCCCUGAGUCCCAAGCUGCGUCGGUUAUGAUUGAAGAAUUCGGCCAUCAGCGUGAACAAGUUUUUGCCAGAAAUGAGGAGUUGAAGAAAGCCCAAAAUGAGAUCCUCGAUCUGAAGGAGAGAAAUAUUUCUUAG